AUGAGAAUACGAGGAGAUGAAUGGCCAUGGUGGCUUGAAAAUAAGUCGUCAUUAGUCGUUGGAUCAGUCUGCAGUAUGCAACAAAUUACAGUAAUCGCUCUCUUCUUCUCAAUGGUCCUAGCUAUCUUUGUAAAUGGUGACAAUGUUGACGAUCUAUUGCGAGAUAAGCGAGCGAUGCGAAAUGCGUUAGUUCGGCUGGGCAGAUCUAGUAUGAGAAAUGCACUUAUCAGGUUUGGCAAACGAUCGGUUGAUACAGAUUUAAAUGAUCAAGCAUAUGGAUAUAAACGAAAUGGAGCACCACAACCUUUCGUACGCUUUGGUCGUUCUCAACGCUUGCAUGAUAUUCUCUCAGAAAUAGAAACCGCUCAAUCAACGGAAAAACGAUAA